CAACAACAAGGGUCUCUUAAGACAAGACAACCCCAGACUGAAUAAAGAACUGCACGGGAAGAUAUACUGAAAACUUUUUGUUUUAAUCUCUGACAACAUACAACGUUUUUGUUUUGAGUUCAUAUUUAGAUCUUCGAAGAUGAAGUUUGUAAGGUAUAUAAUGAGGAAUGCUGCUAUGCUAAAUGCACCAAAGCAUAUUGAUUACUACGCGAAAUUUUCUCCAUCGCCGUUGUCAAUGAAACAGUUUCUGGAUUUCGGAUCUACAAAUGCGUGCGAGAAAACAUCUUUCGCUUUCCUCAGACAAGAGCUCCCCGUCAGACUAAGCAACAGUUUGAAGGAGAUCAACCUUUUACCAGACCAACUGAUAAUGACUCAAUCCGUCCAGCUAGUUCACAGCUGGUUUAUCCAAAGCCUGAUGGAUAUCCUUGAAUUCCAAGACAAGAGUCCCGAUGACCCUAAAGUUCUUGAUGAAUUUGUGGACACUCUGGUGACCAUCAGGAACAGGCACAAUGAUGUAGUACCCACCAUGGCCCAAGGUGUCAUUGAGUAUAGGGAUGCGUUUGGGGCAGAUCCUGUGACAUGUCAGAACAUUCAGUACUUUCUGGACCGCUUUUACAUGAACCGCAUCUCCAUUCGCAUGCUCAUCAACCAGCACACUCUGAUCUUUGAUGGCUCCACAAAUCCAGGACAUCCCAGCAGCAUCGGGUGCAUUGACUCCUGCUGCGACGUCACAAAUGUAAUCAGAGAUGCAUAUGAGUGUGCUAAAAUGCUCUGUGAGCAGUAUUACCUCGGAUCCCCUGAGCUGGAGCUUAGAGAGAUAAACGCAAAGAACAAGUCACAGCCAAUCCAGAUAUCCUACGUUCCUUCUCAUCUCUACCACAUGGUUUUUGAGCUCUUCAAGAAUGCAAUGAGGGCUACUAUUGAGAAUCAUGAAACAAGCAGCACCUUGCCACCGAUCAAAGUCACGGUUGCUCUAGGUGGAGAGGACCUGUCAAUCAAGAUCAGUGACAGGGGCGGUGGCGUUCCUUUCAGGAAGAUUGAUAGACUUUUUAGCUAUAUGUAUUCAACAGCGCCCAGACCUACUAUUGGUGACCAUCAGCGGACCCCAAUGGCUGGCUUUGGUUACGGCCUUCCCAUCUCCCGCCUGUACGCACGCUACUUCCAAGGGGAUCUCCAGCUUUAUCCAAUGGAGGGCUAUGGUACAGAUGCAGCAAUUCAGCUGAAGGCCCUGUCUACAGAUUCAGUAGAGAAGCUUCCAGUGUUCAAUCAAACCGCCUUGCGCCAUUACAAAUUCAACCAGGAAGCUGAUGACUGGUGUGUCCCGAGCAAAGAGCCACUGAACUUAGCUGCGUACAAGGCUGCAAAGUGAAACACCGGAGCUGGUUGCCUUAAAGACAUGCCAAAGGCCUUUAAGAGAUUGCCAAGAUAGGCUGGCAUUGAGAAUGCAUUCGGGGACCAGUGACAGCAUUUCCUUUUCCAGUUCCCUUUGAGGUCUGUUGUCUGGGAACACUUAAACUGCAUGUGGCCAGAAUUUAAGAUUCCAAACAGUAGAUUCCUUAGUACAAAACGAGUUAUAACUGUGGUGCUGCUGAAGUUGGUAUUUUUCAGCAAAAGCUCAGGGAUGAAGAGUCCCGUGCGAGUGUUUAGGCCCGGAGGGGCGAGAGGUGAUUAGAUGCAUGUGAACCUGAUUGAACCGGAGAUUGAACCUGUUUUAACCAGAUGGAAAGAGGUUAAAACAGGUGGAGAGAAGUGUUUGUAUUGCAAAGAAAUAAAUACUGAAGGCAGAAGAAUUGUAGUUGGGAUGAGAAGAGAGACGUGAGACAUUUCAGAGGUCAGAAAAAAAAAGUGUAUGAAUUGUGAGAAGUGUCAAAAUAAGGAAGUUGUGACCCAAGAUGUAGUUUUCCUUUGUUAAGAGGCUGGGCAGUUUGAAAUCAUACUUGAUGUGUGAUCAACACUGACUAUUCAAGAAAAACAUUCAUGUAAGCAUUUAUUAAUAGCACUGUAUGGUUGUGUUUUAUUGCAUAAUGAAUGACCACGAGAUGUGUAUACUCAAUGUUGUGUUCACAAUAUUUAUCUCUGUUAAAAGGACCCUUGUUGUUUGAGUUUUUAAUAUGAAUGAAAUAAAUCUAAUAUUUUCUCAUCAAAA